AUGAUGCACGCACGAAUGAGAGCGAUCAACGACCAGAAACCACGAAGCUCCAUGAAAAUCGGGCAGUCUGCUGAAGCAUCUCGAGACGAACGAUCGACUAAACGAAUCAAGAGAUCCGGUCCUGAAUCAUCAUGCGCCGGUGCAUCUCGCUAUUUUACGAAUACACGUCCAUCACCCUUGGAAGCAAUCGACAUCGACAGUGAGCCGAGUGCUAAAUCCUCACGGCAACGCCACUUGACCCGAGAGAGCUCUUACGUAGAAACUGCUGGCGGCUCUAGUGUUAUCAGUAGCGGCAACCUGACUACGGCAGCUGGCAGCGGCGUGGCAGAAUACCGCAGCGUGCAGCGUAGGACCAGUAUAAAACGGAGUCGGCGCAGGCGGAGAGACCCUCGAAAGCAUACUGCAUCGCCUGGUGGGACCGACGACGAUGCGAUUGCUGUUUCGCAUCGAAAUCUUGUUCCCCAGCAUUCUCCCAAACAUACAAGUCCGGACUGUUUAUCGAUGUCUAUCCAUGACGACGAUGAUGAUGGCCCUCCACCUGCCAACAUUUCGUCGGAUCUUCCCCUACAAGCAAAGCGACCAGCGACAGAAUAUAUCUAUGGUACACCGAAGCGAUACAGGUUACACACCAGCGAUUCUGAGGACGAACUGGCAAAGCCCGGUACUUCUGCUAGCAGAGAGGCUACCACAAAGCUCAACAGUGUCACAAAGCUAGUGCCCCAGUCUCCUUAUUCACGAACUCAACGAGGAGAUAUUAAGCCUACCAAUUUCAAAUCAGCCAUGGGGCGCCGAAACUCGACACGCACUGGGCCGAAAGGUGAUGGACUGAUACUAGCAGCUGCGGCAUGUGGGAAAUACAUGUACUCCGCUGGAAAGACAGAUGAGCCCAUCAAAUUAUAUACCGAUUCCGACAUAGCUCGCCCAUCUCACCAAGGUGCACAAGCUUGUCCAUGGCUCGAACUUUCAAAAAGGUCAAUUCUCAUCGCUAAACACAGCAAUUCUCAGAGUCCUAUUAUCACCAUCCGACGCUCGACCUCUACUCAGGUCCCUUCUACUAAUCUUGUGUUGAAAUUUCGUGACCUUAAAGAUGCCUCUGUAUUCAUUUCCUGGCUGCAUGGGGUUGAACAUUUGGACGAGACCAGCCCGACCGAACUGGAGAGCACAUUCUCCAAGGCCAUAGCAGAUACCAAACAGUUUGGGUCUAAAUCAAAGAAUUCCCCAGUCCCAAUUUCACCAAUUACUUUCACGGCAAACACACCUAGACCAUUGUCUCAAUCUUCACAUCGAGACCCAUUUCAAGGAGAGCCCAUAUCACCUCGGCGUCUAAAGCUCAAGGAUAGAAUGAAUGGCUUGCCUCUUCUACAGGAAGAAGUGAAAACGAAACCAGAGGAUGUCGAAGAUCCAUUCCAGGAGCUUGGUAGGAAGCGUAAGCCUGAGACCCGACAAACAGUAAGAUCUUCCCCACAGACACACAGGGAGAAGAGCCCUGUAUCAUGGACGGCUCAGAAUCCGGGUUGGGAUAAGGACUGGCACAGGUCCUUAGUAUAUCCCCCAACGGGGAAAAACCGCGCAACAGUCGAUAAGGAGGAUAUCACUCGACUAGAUGAGGGAGAGUUUCUCAACGACAACCUUAUCAGCUUUUAUCUUCGCUACCUGCAGGUCCAACUUGAAAAGGAUAGACCAGAGCUUCUGGAAAAGGUGUACAUCUUUAACACCUUCUUCUUCGAGAAACUAAGGUCCAAUCGUGCCAAGAUCAACUAUGAAGGCGUCAAAGCAUGGACUGCCAGGGUCGAUAUACUUUCUUAUGACUACAUCGUGGUUCCGGUCAAUGAGAAUGCACACUGGUAUCUGGCUAUCAUCUACAAUGCCCCUCGUCUUCUUCCCAAGGAGGUAAAAGCAGAGACACCCAAGAAGGACGAAUUUUCAAGCCUACAGGAUGCAAUUAUUAUUAAGGAUAACGACCCAUCGAUAGGCGAUGCGGAGAAUGUUUCUGUCAAGAAAGCGUCGCCCGUUGUGUCGUUGGAUCUUGAAGUCCCCAGAUCAACCAGAAGCCAGGCGGCGACUGCUGAUGGGGUUGUUCUUUUGGAUGACGAAACUGUCAAGAAUUCUGAGGCCCCUCCCAAACCUAGCAAGCGAAAGUCGGUUGGAGGAAAUCAGAAGUACAGCACCGAUGAGCCCAGGAUCAUCACUCUCGACUCGCUGGGUGCCGCGCACACGCCAACUUGCAAAUGUUUACGAGACUAUCUAGUCGAGGAAGCAAAAGAUAAGAAGGGCAUUGACAUCACGGAAAGGCCUGGAGGCAUGACUGCACGGGGCAUACCUGAACAAGACAAUUACUGCGACUGCGGUGUAUACGUCUUGGGUUACAUGGAAAACUUCCUAAGAGAUCCGGAUGAGGCUGUUCGAAGACUGCUUCAGAAAGAACCUAGCCAGUGGGUUGUCAAGCCUCAGCAAAUUCGUGCCAAGGUGAGGAAUCUUCUCUUUGACUUUCAAAAGGAGCAGCAUCUACGGUUGGAGAAGGAGAAGGAGUUGAAGAGGCAGCGAAGGGCCACAAAGGGGCCCGUCUCGUCACCACAAGUUGCCCCUUCCUCGCCUCAAGUACCCCAGAGAGACCCAGAGACGCCGCAGGCCAAGAAGUAUGGCCCCAAGAGCACGUUGGCGAACAGCAUUAUUCGGGCACCGAGUGAAGAGCCUUCUCAAACAGGCACUACGUCGUCAUAUUUUGAGCUUGCGUCUCCCGAAAAGCCCGUUCAGCCACAAACACCCACAAGAAAUGAAGAUCUUUCUUUCGCCCAACCUUUGAGAGACGGCUCGAGUAAUGAUUCUAAGAUCUCUAGCUCAGGGGAAAUCUUCCAUUCAGCACGUUCAUCCCCAGUCGACACUUCACAGCAAGUGCUUCCCGAUCUGGCCACAGAAGUUCAUUCAUCGCGCACUGAACGGAAUGGAACAAAUGUGCCCUCAACGCCCAAUUUUGUACAGAAGUUAUCAGAAUCUCCUGAAGAGGUGGGCCCAGCAUCCACCUCUUCCACUGUGAAGAGAAACAGUUCGCCUUCAGUCGCUUUGACCACGAGACAAAAAGCGUCGUCGCCAGGCCGAGGUAGCCAGAGUGUUUUUGAUGAAGAGCCAGAUAUUAUGAAGAGCAUCGAGGGUCACUCACCCAGAGGAACCCAGUUUGGGGUUGAGCGAACCAUCGACUUGACGGGAUGA